AUGAAAGGAUUAGUUGAUUAUACAUCAUCUUCAGAUAACGAUAGUGAAGAAUUAGAUUAUGAUAUUAACCAAAGUAAAAAACGUAUUAAAGAAACUCCAGGUUCUGAAAACAAAAAUAGUGUUUGUGGAAAAGGCGUGAAACGGAAAGCUGAAGAUACUUUAAGUGAUGAUAUAGAAAUUAUUUCAUAUAUCGAUGACGAUGACGAUGAUGAUGUAGUAGAAGGAGAAACAAAUUGCAAAUUUUUUAACAAUGACGUGACGCCACCUAUUGACGCACAAAAAACAUUUAAUGAUUCAAAGUUACAUAUUAGUUUGUCUAGGCCUUUAUUUUUGAAAUAUUUUCAAAUAGAAAGAUUUUGGGAAAAUUUAAGGAAAGGAUUUGAAAAUAAAAAACGGUAA